AUGCAAAAGCUAGGGUACUGUCGCCGUACUGCUAAGAAGACGGGGUUCUCUACUGAGCCAAAAGUCAUGGCAUUGCGCAAGGCAUUUGCUGAGGAGGCUAUUACAUGGACUAAGGAAAGGGUGCAACGGCAAAUGUUCACAGAUGAAGUGUGGGCUAUGGGAGGAGCACACACUACUAGCUUUGUGAUAGUACUAGAAGAUGGUAGUGAGAGAUAUUUACUUGAGUGCUUGCAAUACAAGUACUCUAAGGCACCAGCUUGGAUAUUUCAUGGCAAUAUUAUAAAUAAGAGGAAAGGACCAGCCUUAUUUUGGGAGAAGGAGUGGGGUUCUAUCAACAGCACUAGAUAUGAUGAGCAUGUACUCUCUAGAAUUGCAGAGUUCUUAGUAGAACAUGCUGAUUCUAGGUACAUUUUCAUGCAAGACAAUGCCCCUUCUCACAGAUCUUAUGAAACAAAAAUCAACCUUUUGAAUAGGGGCAUUAAGUGGAUCCAACACCCUCUUUAUUCCCCAGACUUGAACCUUAUUGAGCAUGUGUGGAAUUGGAUGAAGAAUUGGAUUCAAGAGCAUUAUUAUGAGGCACAGUAUAGAGUGGAUAAGCUAUUAUUAGAGCAGUUGAGGAGAAUCAUUCUUGAGGCAUGGGAAGCUGUACCAGACAGUUACAUUCAGAGCUUAUAUGACAGCUGGUGGAGGAGAUGUCAAGCUGUUAUUGAUGCAAAUGGUGGUCCUACAAAGUAUUGA